AUGUCUCAGCUGAGGCAGCAUCAUUCCCAGAUCAUCCGACUCGGCCUCUCCUCUCAUAAGCAUCUCAUUCCCCCACUCCUCAACUUCUGCGCACUCUCUGAUACCACCGACGCUCUCACCUAUGCUCUCAAACUGUUCGAUUCAAUUCCCCAACCAGAUGCUUUUCUUUACAACACCAUCAUCAGAGGAUUCCUUCAUUCCCAAUUACUACCCACUAACUUCAUCCUUCUUUUCUACUCUCACAUGUUGCAAAACUCCGUUUUACCCAACAACUUCACUUUCCCUUCUCUUCUCAGAGCCUGCAGCAACAUCCAACACGGAAAGCAAAUCCAUGCGCACCUUUUCAAAUUCGGUUUUGGAGCUCAUAGGUUCUCUCUCAACAACUUAAUUCAUAUGUAUGUCACCUUUCAAGCAUUGGAGGAAGCCAGGAGGGUCUUCCAUGCCAUACCUCACCCUGAUUCUGUCUCCUGGACUAGUUUGAUUUCUGGGUAUUCAAGGUGGGGAUUAAUUGAUGAGGCUUUUACGAUCUUCCAACUCAUGCCUCAGAAAAAUUCUGCUUCUUGGAAUGCUAUGAUAGCUGCUUAUGUUCAGACCAACCGCUUCCAUGAAGCGUUUGCUUUGUUUGAUAGGUUGAAAGCAGAGAAUAUUGUAUUGGAUAAGUUUGUGGCGGCUACUAUUUUGUCUGCUUGUACCGGAUUAGGUGCUUUAGAGCAAGGGAAGUGGAUACACGAAUACAUUAUGAGGAAUGGGAUUGAAUUGGAUUCCAAACUCGCUACUGCUAUUAUUGACAUGUAUUGCAAAUGCGGUUGCUUGGAAAAAGCUUUGCAAGUUUUUCACAGCUUGCCAUUGCCUUUUAGAGGGAAUUCUUUUUGGAACUGCAUGAUUGGAGGGUUAGCAAUGCAUGGUAAAGGAGAGACUGCAAUUCAACUUUUCAAAGAGAUGGAGAGACAGAUGGUAGCUCCUGAUAACAUCACUUUUCUGAAUCUCCUCACCGCCUGUGCGCAUUCAGGGUUAGUUGAGGAGGGGCGUCAUUACUUCUGUUACAUGAUCCGAGUUCAUGGACUUCAGCCCAGAAUGGAGCACUUUGGAUGCAUGGUUGAUUUACUUGGAAGAGCUGGAAUGGUGCAGGAGGCGAGAAAGCUUAUCGAUGAGAUGCCUCUGAGUCCUGAUGUCACUGUUCUAGGCACUCUUCUUGGAGCCUGUAAGAAACACAAAAACAUCGAGUUGGGAGAGGAAAUGGGGAGAAGAGUUAUUGAACUGGAACCUAACAAUAGUGGACGCUAUGUAUUGUUAGCCAACUUAUAUGCCAACGCUGGUAGAUGGGAAGACGUUGCUAAAGUGAGGAAACUGAUGGAUGACAGGGGAGUGAAGAAGGCUCCAGGCUUUUCCAUGGUUGAGCUACAAGGUACUGUUCAUGAAUUUAUGGCAGGUGAAAGAAAUCAUCCUCAAGCUAAAGAAUUGCAUGCCAAAGUUUAUGAGAUGCUGGAACGUCUAAAAUCUGUUGGCUAUGUGGCGGAUAACAAUGGACGAGAGCUGCAUGGCCAUGACCUUGAUGAGGAGGAGGAGAGAGAGAACCCAUUAUACUAUCACAGCGAGAAACUUGCCAUUGCCUUUGGGCUUUUGAGGACUAAAUCUGGGCAAACUCUUCGUAUAUUAAAAAACCUGCGAAUUUGUGAAGAUUGUCACCGCGCAUGCAAACUUAUUUCAAGCGUUUUUGAUCGAGAAAUAAUUUUAAGAGAUAGAAAUCGGUUUCACCAUUUUAAAAUGGGCCAGUGCUCCUGCCAGGAUUACUGGUAA